UGUGUCCCAGGGCCUACUAAAUGCAGUGAAUGCUGUCUUUCCUAAGUGCAACCAAAGGUUCUGCCUUAGGCAUAUCUAUGCAAACUUCCAAAAUGCUGGGUUUAGGGGGGAAGAUCUGAAAAAGUGUAUGGAUAAUGCUGCCUAUGCAUAUAGUGAACACAAAUUUAACAUUGCAAUGAAUGACCUUAGAGCUGAGUGUGAGCAAGCUUGGGAGUGGCUUUGUCAAAUACCCAAGAAAACAUGGGCAAGGCAUGCAUUUGACACAAACUGCAAGACUGACCUUGUAGUUAACAAUUUAUCUGAGGUGUUCAACAAGUAUGUCCUAGAUGUUAGGAAGAAACCAAUUAGGACAAUGUGUGAUGGAAUAAAGGAUAAGCAGAUGGUGAGGUGGCAUAGGAAUAGGGAGAGUGGAAAGAAAGCUAGAUGGGACAUAACACCCCAUUAUAGUGAGAAGCUAGAGGUUGAGAAGGAGAGGGCCAAAUAUUGCAAACCAAUUCAAGCUGGUGUGGACUUGUGGCAAGUUACAAGUGGGCAGCAAACCCAUGCUGUUAACUUGCAAAUGCACACAUGUGGGUGCAGAAAAUGGGACCUAAGUGGCAUCCCAUGUAACCAUGCCAUCUCAGCAAUAAACAAGGCCAAAAGAAAACCAGAGGAUUAUGUCAGCAAGUUCUUCAAGAAAGAAAUUUAUCUGGCAGCUUAUGAACCAAUGAUCUAUCCAGUUCCUGGUGAGCAUGACUGGACAAGGACCCCUAGUCCAGACAUUGACCCACCUGCAUUUAAAGUGAAGAGAGGAAGAAAGAAAGAGAAGAGGAUCAAGGGGAAAUUUGAAGUUCCAAAGCCUAAGGAGACAUCAAGAAUGGGGACUAUAACAUGUGGCAAUUGUGGACUGCAAGGACAUAGGUACACAAGCUGCAACAAGCAGUUGAAGCCUGAGCUGGCUUUGAGGAAGAACAAACAUGUGCCUCUUGCAAGGAAUUCCAAUGCUGGUGCUGCUGCUACUACACAAGCAUCAAGAACUUCUCAUCCAACUCCUACAACAACACCAACAGCUGGAACAGGAGCUGGGAGAGGAGCUGGGAGAGGGGCUGCAGCUGCAGCUGCUGGGAGUGGUGCUGCUAGAGGUGCUGGUAGAGGUGCUGCACCAGGUGCUGGGAGAGGUGCUGGGAGAGGGAGAGGUACAUUCUCUGCCCCAAGGCAAUCUGGUCCCUCCACAUCUACUGCUCCCUCUACAUCUACUGCUACUCCACCUUCUGGUGGUAGAAACAGGGGAUGGAGAGCCUACUUCUAUGCAAGUGGUAACCACUAA